AUGCAUAUUGCUUUCAAACGUGAAGACUAACUUAUUCGUUUCUCUAGAAAGAUGCAAUCAAUAUCAUUUCUUAUAUUUUUUGUAUUGACAUUGAGUAACACAUGUGCUCGUGAUGUGAAACUUAAUCAAUCUUGGAAAAUAUGGAAAAAACAAUUUAAUAAAAGUUAUUCAAAUGCUGAUGAACAUCUUCGUCGUAUUAUUUGGGAAAUAAUUUGA